UGGAAAGCAUUUUCGGGUGGAAAUAUAUAGGUCGGCGGUUCCUAGAAGUUACCAGUAGAACCGGAUUAUUUCCUUAGCUAGCUGUAGGAUUUUGGGACGCAGGCACAACUAUGGCGCGUUUUCUCCUAAUUUCUUGUCUGCUACUCGUCUCAUGGGUUUUUGCUUGCAAACAGCUACAAGUUAGCGAGACUCGGGGCCUGCCUCGCAAAAUCGGACGAUUCCAUCGCCGCGAGAACAAUUUGACAUUCGUCGUGGCGAGUCGACUGUCAUCCGUCUCCCGCAUGGUGCUCCACAGCGUCCCCUCCUCCAUCCCCGACCUACUCAACAAGCUACGCGCCGAGCCCCAAGACACCGAGGAGCCUUCGCAGCCUUCCGAGCCUUCCGCGUCUUCUAACGAGGAUAUUCCGACUCCGGUCCCGAUUGCAAAUGGGGAGGAGGAUGCUUUUCUGUCGAGUGGUGUUUCGAGCUCUUUCACCGGCGCCUACAGGGGAAUAGUCAUUGGUGGUGAUGCUGGCGAUGGUGACGACUCCGCCGUAACGACAGAGGACGAGGAUCGUGCUGACAAGGCCAUCGAGGAUUCCGACACGGAAAACGUCAGAGUCUCGACGGAAGACGACAGCGACGCCGCCGUCAAUGCCGAUGAUCCCGCCUCCGACGAGCGUCUCGCGACGGGAACGGAGGAUGCCACCGUGUCUGCGUCCCCUCCGGAAGAUGCGGGCAGUCAGGUGGACCUCUUAACAUCCGCACUCCACCGUCUUCUAAGCCUUAAUGGUCUGGAUAAAGAUUUCAACUUCGACGACCUGUUUUCCGGGAUUCAGCCCGAGUCGCUCCCUCCGGAGGCGCUGCGCACGUUCACCGAGGUGAAGAAGUUGUGCGAUGAGAUCUCUGCCAUCAUGAGGAGCGCGGAGGAGGGGGGUGCGAGCACGGAGGAGGGGAGCACGGAGGAGGGGAGCACGGAGGAGGGGAGCACGGAGGAGGGGAGCACGGAGGAGGGGAGCACGGAGGAGGGGAGCACGGAGGAGGGGAGCACGGAGGAGGGGAGCACGGAGGAGGGGAGCACGGAGGGGAGCACGGGGGAGGGGAGCAUGAGGGAGGGGAGCAUGGAGGAGGGGAGCACGGAGGAAGGCACGGGCAUGGAGCAGGUGGAUGAUGCCCUUGAGGAGGCCAGUAGCCACGUGGAGGCCGCUCAAGAGGAGGAUGCGAGCUCGGAGAAUUCCGACACGGAAAACGUCAUAGUCUCGACGGAAGAUGACAACGACGCUGCCGCCACUGCCGAUCCCCCCUCCGACGACCUCUUCGCGACGGGAACGGAGGAUCCCGCCUCUGCCGUGUCUGCGUCCCCCGCGGUCCGCCUGAUGUCCGCGUUUAACGCUUUCCAACGCUUACACGAUUCGAAGGAAUAUCUGGGCCUCGACGAGCUCUUCUCUUCGAUUUCAACUGAGUCGCUCUCUACGGAGGUUGUGGAAGGUGUAAAGAGUACUUUCCGGCUCUUAUACAAGGCGGAGAUUGAGGAGAGGUAUGCGAUGACGAGCUUUGGGGAGCGGGUGACGACGGACUUCGAGCAGGUGCUUCAUGCGAUUGAGAAGGCCAUUGGCCGCGUUGAGGCCGCUCAGGCGGAGGAGGGGAGCUCGGAGGAUGCGAGCUCGGAGGAGGGGAGCUCGGAGGAUGCGAGCUCGGAGGAGGGGAGCUCGGAGGAUGCGAGCUCGGAGGAGGGGAGCUCGGAGGAGGAGAGCUCGGAGGAGGAGAGCUGGGAGGCUGUUCCUUUUGAGUUAAAGAUUGAUGACUCUGCAGCUUCACGCAGCGGUGAUUGGUUGACAGUCGAGCCCGCCACUGCCAUGGUCCUUUUCGGCUUGGUCUUUGGGGUCAUCGUGCCUCUUACCGUCGUUUGCAUCAACUCCGGCUGUGCUGACCCCGGGGAUAAGGACCCGCUCAAGACCCCGCUGCUGAAGUCCUACCGGUUUUUUGUGAAGUGCCCGCACUACCCAGUGGCCAUGUAUGUGCCUCCAACCCCAACGGCCACGUAGAGAGCCUCAACGGAUGGGCUUGGCGCCUCAAGAGUACCCGCGCAACCAAGUGGCCGUGUAUGUGCCUCCAACGGCCGUGUAAUGAGGGAUUGGUUUCUGAGGCGCCUCAAAAGUACUCGGCCAAGGGCCAGCACGUUAGCCUUGUGGCCGUGUAUGUGCCUCCAACGGCCGUGUAGUGAGGGAUUGGUUUCUGAGGCGCCUCAAAAGUACUCGGCCAAGGGCCAGCACGUUAGCCUUGUGGCCGUGUGUGUAUGUGCCUCCAACGGCCGUGAAGGGAUUGGGGGAAACUCCUGACGAGCUUCGUUGAUAAGUCUGCUGUUGUUGAUCAAGUUAAUUAAGCACCCAUUCUGCUGUGGACUCGCAUGCCUGGGGGAGGGCAUGCCUGGGGGAGGGCAUGCCUGGGGGAGGGCAUGCCUGGAAGGAGGGGAUGGGAAGGAUGGGGGGUUGAGUGCGACGGAGUAGGAGACGCAGGAGCCAUGGGAGGGGAGGCAGCUGUGGUGGUGGCGAUGAGAUGCCUCAAGACUUGAAAGGCUUCGAGAGCUGCUGCACUGAAGGAUCUCGUCCAAGGCAGCCGUCGCAUGCCAGGGGUGUCGGGACAGAGGGACAGGGUCAGCGGGACAGGGUGAGAGGAGAGACAGAGGAUCGGAGGAGGGUCACAGGAGGGUCAGAGGAGGGUCAGAGGAGGGUCAGAGGAGGGGCAGAGGAGGGGCAGAGGAGGGGUAGAGGAGAAACACAAGCGCCGCGCUAAGCUACCGCCCAACGUGUGCCGGUAACAGGGCUAAACCGCACCACCACCAACCUUGUUCCUGCAGCAGCCGUCGGCAUUCUUCCCGCGCCAGCUGCUGCAAAUCCUCGUCACUCAGAUCCGCCAGUCGCCGCUCUCCGCUUCCCCGCUGCGCCCCACCCAUCGCCUCAGCCCAAUUGCUCCACUCAACCCCACCUCUCCUCUCAGCUCCUUCACUCCCCUCAUCUGCACCUCUCCCCUCAACUCAUCCCCUCCGCCCAGCUCCACCACUCUGCUGAGCCCCACGGCUCAACUCAGCCGCUCUUUUUAACUCAGCCGCUCCGUCCGCUCAACCCCUCUGCUCCGAAAGGCCCAUCGCCUUGCGCCUCUUCUCGCCGGCGCUUCCUUGUCCCUUGCUUUGCUUCCCUGCUACCUCCCUUUACAGUGCCCGCCGAAUCCGACCUCCAGGUGGACACGGAACAUAUUCCUGAAGGGGCAACAGCAGCAGCCAGAGCAGCGAGAUGAGUUCAGAGUGACUCAAAAGUCACCUCCCUCUUUGGCUGACUUCGAAGUGGACAACGUCUGCUUGAAGGGGCAGCAGCAAAAUCAGGAGCAGCAGAAGCGAUUGGAGCAACAGCAGAAGCCAGAGCAGCACUAGACUCUGGUGUACUUGACAUCGCACCAGGGAUACACCACCGAAGCCACCACCACAGCAUCAGCAGAAAGCAGCAGAAGCAGGAGCAGCAGUAGGGAAAACUACCCAAUGGCUGCUAGCCUGCAUCAAGCUAAGGGGCCAGGCCCAGACACUGUUGACAUGUAUUUGGUUGCCAAUUUAGCAGAUAUAAACUACGCUAAUCAAG